UAUAAAAAUGAAAUAUUAUAAUUUUAAUCAGCUGUUGUAGUACUAACAUUCACAUCGAACCUAGAAUGCCACGCCCACUUUCACUUUGAAAAUGAAAGUAUAAAGUAUAAAUUGCUCCAUGACUGUGACAUCACUGACACAGUAAUUAUAACCUAAAUAGGAAGUUGCUUGAUGUAUUCAUAAGCUACUUAAACAUUCAGGUCAUAAACUGUGAACUUUCCUGUUAAUCUGAUGAAUCGACACAAGGAUAAAAUGAAAAUAAAUGACAAAAGUUUGACUAAAUUUGCUUCAUCAGGAGCCCCUGCAGACAAAGAAGGGUAUUUAUUGAAAAGGGGAGACUUCAAUAAAGGAUAUCAAAGGAGAUGGUUUGUGUUAAAGGGGAAUUUAUUAUUUUAUUAUGAGAAACGCAGUGACAAAGAACCUAUAGGAGUUAUUAUACUAGAAGGAUGUACUAUAGAGUUGUCGGAGGAUACAGAUGGAUUUGUAUUUCAAGUAAAAUUUAGUGCCUCAGGUUGUAGGACUUACAUUAUUGCUGCAGAUUCACAAGAGGAUAUGGAAUCAUGGAUGAAAGUACUUUCAAGAGCUAGUUACGAUUAUAUGAAACUUAUGGUGUCAGAACUUCAUCGACAGUUACAGGAUCUAAAUGAAGAUGCUAAACUUGUGGAAGAUGCUAUGAGAGACAGUCUUAUUCUAUCAGGAACUUAUGGAAAUUUGUCCCAAAGGAACUCAUUGGAAGAUAAAAUGGAAGAAUCAGUUGAAAAUAUCACACAACCGAUGAAAAGAUUUAACCCGUUCAAUACCUCAGAAGAAAACUUGACAUGCUUGACAGACUCUGCUAAUUUUCAUUUUUACGAGGAUGCCAAACCAAAACAUAGGACUUUUGCUCAACUGCAUGAAGAAUACGGGAAUCAGAUCAAACAUAUGAAAGAAUUAUGGGGUGCAAGGACUUCAUGUCUGAUUGAAGAUCUAGCAUGUUCAAGUGCAUAGCCAAAAACAUAAUUUUUACAUUGAUAUAAAUCCGUUCAUGGAAUAUAUGUGUUACAUGUACAUAUAAUGGUUGUAUUUAUAUAUGAAUGUUUCCACUUCAGUAAUUUAAUGUUUUAUAUUUAAAUUUAAAUUCAUAUGAUAUAUUUUCAUGUAUUUAUUUUAAUGAUUACAAUUUUUUUUAUAUCUGUCACAUACGACAUAGCUUGAGGUAUACAAGGUAAAUCCUUUCCAUAAAUACUUUAGAAAUUCAUUUGUCAUUGAGUAUGACAGGUUAUACAUUAGGAUUUUGAAUUACUACAAUUGUAAUGCAAUACCUUUGUAAUUUUAGUGUUGAAACAAAUAUAUAUCCCAGAUGAUCUAUUAUCUCCCUUGAUAUCUCCAUUUGAAAGUGAAAUGCUGCUUACAAUCAGUUAUUUAAAAAAAAAAAUGGUCCUAAAUUCAUGAUUAAAACAUUGGUAAAUAGUAAUGAACUUAUAUUUUCAAUUUUUUUUCUGUAAUUUUUAUCAUCUUUAAACAUUAAACAUUAAAUGGUAUACGAAGAUUUCAUGUCAGUGAAAAGGAUCUUAGUUGCAGAGUUACAUUUAACAUGUCUAAGUCAGGGGCGGAUUUAGAUACU